AUGAGUACCUUUGGAAGUCCCGGUGCCUUGCCAACAACAAAACCCACGCCGCCCCAGAGAGGCAGCUUUCCCCUGGAUCAUGACGGAGAAUGCAAACACGUCAUGACAACCUACCUUGCCUGCAUCAAGAGGGUCAAGGGAGUCAACGAAGAUGAGUGUCGAUCGCUGGCAAAGGCCUAUCUCACAUGCCGCAUGGAACGCAACUUGAUGGCCAAAGAUGAUUUCAAAAACCUAGGCUUCAAGGAAAACGAACCAUCAAGUACGCCCAAGCCGGCCGCUGAGGCUGAAAAGGGCGUGAAGGGAGAGUUACGGUGGUGA